CAAGUUAGUGUGAGAAGGUUCGAGCCGGAGGAACAUCACUUCAAUCCGCUGAAGUGACCUGAUUUUCUUUUUGGAAGUAACGCACAAGAUGAAGAACUUUGUGGUGUUUGCUGUUAUUGUUACUUUUGGUCAGAUAGGGAGGAACCCUGCCUGCGGUUUGGACUGCUGGUAGCCAACUCGUAUUAGGAAGCCACGCCAUUGUAAUGCAUACAAAAUGAAGCAUAGCAUUGGGUUGCUGACAUCAACAGGGACGUCCAUGAAAGACUUUGCUUGGAUGGCAGCAUAUAUGUUUCUCAAAAACCUAUGCUGGCUUUUGAACUUUCCAGUAAAUCAAGAUGGUCCAUUUCCUGUUUGCCUGGAGAAUACGACAUCCAUGAUUUUCAAAACAAUUUGAAAUGUGUACUAGUCAGACCACAGCACACUUUCUCACUUUCCCUCAGUUAAUCUCAUUUGGGCCUGGGGCCAGAGGUGCCAGUGGUGCUUCUGAGUUUUGUUGACAUAUAGUUUAAACUUUGCAUGGUAGAGCUUUAACUUGCAUUUCUAGAUGUAGCUGCAAACUGUGUUAACCGAUAAUGGCUCUCUGAAGUUUUCCUUCAUCGUGUUCUCUGCUAGAAUUUUUGAAAAUCAUUAUUUCCCGUUUUUAUUUACUCAACAUGACACCCUGAUUGGAAUCAAAUUUUGUAGCUUCUCUCUUUCUCUCUCUCUCUCUGGUUCUCUCUCUCUCUCUCUCUCUCUCUCUCUCACACUCUUGCUCCAUAACUAACUAUCAAUCUACCUGCUUGACUUACAAUUUAUUUCUUGCAGCGGGGAUGUGCUGGCUCCAGCAGAGCCAGCGGUGCGACAUGGUGCUGAUGAGAGGGGUCACCAGAGAGGAGUGCUGCGCAGGGGGCCGACUGGACACGGCGUGGUCCAACAACAGUCUCCCCAUGAACGAGGUCAGCCUGCUGGGCUUCCUGGGCAUCGUCUCCUGUAAACCCUGCAAAGAGACAUGCGAGGGUGUGAAGUGCGGCGCCGGGAAAGUGUGCAAGAUGAAGACGGGAAGACCGCAGUGCGUGUGCGCCCCCGACUGCUCCAACAUCGGGCGAAGGCACGCCGUGUGCGGCAGCGACGGGAAGUCGUACAAGGACGAGUGUGUCCUGCUCAUGGCCCGUUGCAUGGGACACCCUGACCUGGAGGUCAUGUACCAAGGAGACUGCAAAAAGUCGUGCUCCAACGUAGUAUGCCCAGGAACGCACACCUGCGUGACAGACCAGACCAACAGCGCCCACUGCGUCAUGUGCCGCUCCACGCCGUGCCCCAAACCGCUGCCCUCUGAGCAGCCCAUCUGUGGGAACGACAACAUCACAUACCCCAGCGCCUGCCACCUGCGCCGCGCCACCUGCUUCUUGGGUCGCUCCAUAGGAGUCCGCCACUACGGCUCAUGCAACAGUCCUCCGAGGAAACCGCACGUGUUUGACGUCAGCGAGGAGAACGCCGUGUAGAGAUCAAGAAAUACACCACAAGUUGACCUCUCUUUUGUGACUAUCAUCCCUCCCUAUUCUACACCAUUUUUUUUUCAUAUGGAAGCUGUGGCAUGGCGUUGCGGAGGUGCGAGCAGAGUGGUAGCCUCGGGAGGGAAAUUUGUGGGUGCGCAAAAUUUCAAAAGGUAUGUAAUAGUAGUCGUCAUAAUAUUUAAAACGUGAUCAUCGUGGACUUCCAUUUUACAUUCCCUAUCUGUCCUCAAAAUUUGCUUUGAAAUGUAUAGAAAAUCGACAACAAUCGACAAACACAUCAUGGCUUGAAACACGGACUCCAACUUCUUUGGCUCACUUGCACAUUCUCCGAAAUGAUCAAAAACGAUGGUACGGAAGCUUUGUCGUAGUGUGGAAUAGUUUGCCCAGGUGUGAUGUUUUGAGGAUACGCAAAUUAAAAAAAAAAAAAAAGUCAGAAUUAUUUAUAUAUAAGCGGUGGUCGGUGAAGAAUUGGGGAGGUGCGUCAAGAGCGGGUGCACUGGGGCAAAACAUUUUUCACUGAGUCUGAGGAUUUUGUGGAAAAAUUGAUUCAUAACAAGGUGGCGUGAUGGGGCAGCUGUAAAGCGUUGGCCUUGCAGUUCUGAGGACCCGGGUUCAAUCCUGGCCCCGCCUGUGUGGAAUUUGCAUGUUCUCCCUGUGCCUGGGUGGCUUUUCUCCGGGCACUCCGGUUUACUCCCACAUCCCAAAAACAUGUAACAUUAAUUGGACACUCUAAAAUUGCCCCUAGCUGUGAUUGUGAGUGCAGCUGUUUGUCUCCAUGUGCCCUGCGAUUGGCUGGCAACCAGUUGAGGGUGUACCCCGCCUCCUGCCCACUGACAGCUGGGAUAGGCUCCAGCACUCCCCGAGACCCUCAUGAAGAUAAGCGGCGAAGAAAAUGGAUGGAUUAAGUGGACACUCUAAAUUGCCCCUAGGUGUGAUUGUGAAUGUGAUUAUUUGUCUCUAUGUGCCCUGUGAUUGGCUCGCAACCAGUUCUGGGUGUACCCAGCCUCCUGCCUGUUGACAGCUGGGAUAGGCUUCAACUCGACCGCGACCCUUGUCAAGAUAAGCGGCUAGGAAAAUGGAUGGAUGGAUGGAUGGAUUCAUAGUAGUUUUAUCAAAAUGAAUGAAAAAUAUGCUAUUGAAGCAGUGGUGUAACAUGGGGGAAAUUCCAAGAGAAAAGUUGCCCUGGGGGUCCACAUUUUGGAGUGCCCAAAAUUCUAAAAAUAAAAAUGUGUAUAAUUUGUCAUCAAAUUGAACAGAAAGUAGGGUAUGAAAGCAGUAGGGGAGAUGCAAGGACAGCAGUUGCCCCAGAAUUAAAAGUGUGGGGGUCAUGAAAAAUAUCCCAAAAAUCCGACACAAUAAUAGAAGUGUAGCUGUCGUAAUAAAAUGAGCGAGAAGUAUAGUGUGGAUGCAGGGGCAUCGAGUGGGGGAGGUGCAAAGCAGGUGUUUGCCAAAAAUGGGAUGGUUGUGAAACUAUGAGGGGUGUGCAAAAUUUUAAAACACAUAAAUAGUAAUCGUGGUCACUAUACUAUGUUUGCCUUAACAGUGUAUAGUGGCUCGUUUUCCUCUCGUCUAAAGAUUUAAGUCCCUCUUUGUCACAACGCCCACAAAUGCGGUGGCCCUAAAAGGUCAAGAAGGCUAAAAACUAAACUAGUGAAUCCACAAGUGACCCACGCACACCACGGUGUGGAAGAGCUCGAUUCAAAACCGCACGCUCGUUAGUUGAGAGCAGAUGAACGCCUCGCGAGAGAACUCCACGGGAGACGUGUUCAUAUUGUAAAUAGAAUUCCGCAACUAUUUAUUGGAGAAGGUAUCAAUCACUAUUUAUGAUUUCAUCCUAAUAACAAACAAAAUGUAUCCUGAAGCAAAACUAUAUAUUUAUUGUGCUUGGUUUUUAUUCCACCGGCGACCGCAUUUUUUUUUUUUUUUACGGCUCGGUUUUACGACAAACAGUCUUCUCGUUAAGUUGAUGGGAUGAAAUCUGAGCGGAAAACUAAGACCAAGUUUAUGUAGCGCCGGAAAUUUCAAAGCCACACUGUGAGUGAUAAAGUAGUUGUUUAGUGUUUUAGCACAGCGUGUGCCUGUAAAGCAUUUCGUGUUUGCUAUGAAAAACCUUUUUAGCAUUUAUUCAAUAUCCUUAAUAUCCAGUCUUUGUUUUCCACUACUAAUGCCACUUUUGGCCUUGUAGUAAAAACAAAAACCUUAGCGGUAAACUAUCGUGUUGCACUAGAAACACUGGGCCCAAUAAGUAGACGUGUCACACUAGUACCGGGUUGCUCGAUGCGUCGAUCGCGAGAGGCUAGAUGCUUGAAAAGUAGAUCUUAGGGUAAAAAAGUCUGGGCACCCCUGCACUAGUAGCUUACUUAUCAAGGAUGAAUGAUCAUGUUUAUUCAAUAUGAAUACAGUAAAUGGACUACGGGGAGGCAUUUUGAAUAUUGAUUUGAUGUCAUGAUAAGGUGGAUACCAGUGUACUAUUAUUUGGGCCUAGUAGUGUUACUUGUGGAGCACAGUAGUUUUCCAUUAAGGUUCAAUUGUGUCGUAAUAGGCCAAAAGGGGCUAGAGUAGCAGGAAAAAUGUUACUAGGACAUCAUUUUUCAACUAGUGCACUGAAUUGUCUUAACUAGGAUGAAGUAUGUGCUAGUACAUGGCCAUAAACCUGGAUAUGAAGAAUAUCCGAUAAAGGCUCAAAUAACUCCUCAUAAACAACCACAUGCAAACAUUCCUUACAUUGAACUGUUUUUGUUUUUUUUGGUUUGUUUGUUUGUUUGCAACAAUACCUCCUCUGUGGAACGCUUGCCUUUGUUUUUGUUUUAUUUUGUAAAUACGAGCUUUUGUAGGACACGUUUUUUUUGGCUGCUUCAAUUUGAUCGGAAUUCCCCAAAAGAAUGUAGUGGAGAAGAUCGAAUUAGUCUCGGAAUGGACCACAGUAGCCAACACUUGAUGUCGUGCCACCAGAGGUGAGUCAGGACCGCGUCGUGUUGACGGCCCCGAUGAACUCCCUCAGUCCGUGUCGAAAAUCUGAACUGAGCGCAUGGACUCCUUGUGUCUGUAACCUACUGUGAAAAUUUGAGUAAUAAAUGCUUCCUAUUUUUGUACUACCGUUUCCACAUCAUAAAGUUAUUACAAAAAGA